UGGACGCCUGCGCUCGGCCGCGCGCUCUCCGGGGGGAAAAGCCCUGACGCUUUCAGCACCGACGGGCUACUUGGUUCAGGGCUGCAGGUCCAGCUGUGCGAAUGGAGGACACCUGAGCUCACCUGAUGUGUGUGCACGCAUGCGCGCCGCGCCGCGCCCCGCCGUUUGGCAGAAUACCAGACACAGUACACACUGGUAUCGCUUCACACUGACUAGUAGGGUCCGGAUCCCGAUCUUAUUUAAGAUAGAACCACUCCCCUCCCCUCCCCUCCCCUCCCCUCCCCUCGACGGGCUGCCGUGCCGCGCGUCCAGAGGAGAACUCGCCGGAAUAGGAAUAGGCUCCGGACUGCCGCGACCCCGGUCCAGACAAGCGCGGUGCGUGAAAACGGACGAGUGAAGGUGCGAGCGACGCCGCCGACGCGGACAUUUCCAGCCGUUAAAGCCCAAACGAGCUCGCGCCUCCGGCCCGGCGGUGUGUCACGUGCUGCGGUGAUCCUGUGCUAAGCCUAGGGCGCCUAAGGCUGUGUGCGAGGAGGUCCCGCCUCGUGCGUAAACACACACACACUUCACAGCAGACAGGUGCGUUCACUCACACCGACGUGUCGGACAACACUGAAAGCGCUCGCCGUCAAAGUCCGAGAAACGGAAUCCCACACAAGCGCCACCGCUAUGUGAAGAAAGGAAAAGCCCUCGACUUCUGCAGCUGCCUCUGGAUCGAACCAACUCUCCGCCGGACGGGGGGGGGGCGCAGCGCACUUCAACAUUUCAGUUGUUAAGACAAAUUGAACCCGACAGCGGCGCUCACCGCGGUCGAUACAGUGCGGAGGUCUACUAGUGAGCGAGAGGGACAGCGCGGACACAAGGGGACCUCCUCCUGCCCACAGCGCAGUGGUCAGCUCCUCUCCGGUAUGGGGACACCCCCCUUCCAGCGGCGCCGUGGUCCGCUCCGCACGCGGCGUCUCGCGCGGUGAAGGGCUGUGCUCUCGCGCCGCUCGGAAGGUACGGAGCGCGUUCGGUUUUCCCGUAAGUCCGUGAAAGUGGUUAAAUUAAAGUGUCCGAAAAGCAGAGUCUCUCUCUCUCUCCUUUCUCCACUGACACCCGCCGUGCCAUGUUAUCUUUUCCCUGAAGACUGUGGACGGGGACACGGGGUUCUGUUUUCAGCCCCUUCGCUUCGCUUCUAGAAGUUCGGCCCGCGACAGGGAGGGAGGAUGAGCUGGUGAACGGAGUCUGACAGGUCAACACAUGCUGACCCAGUGGUCAAGGACACCUUCUUCAUUGGUCAGGGAUGUCCCCCUCUCGGUGGGCAUGGCUCCUUCUGCUUCUGCUGUGGGACGGAAUUCGGGCCCGGGUGCUGAAGCCGACGCGUCGGCCGCUCGUGUCCCAGAAGCCUGUGCUGCUGGCGUGGAACGCCCCGACGCAGGACUGUGGCCCGCGGCACAAAAUCUGGCUCAAGCUGGACCAGUUUGACAUCGAGGCCUCGCCCAGCGAGGGCUUCGUCAGGCAGAACCUCACCAUGUUCUACAAGGAGCGCCUCGGGCUCUACCCGUUUUUCGAGGACUCCGGCGGCGCCGCGGUCAACGGGGGCUUGCCGCAGGCCGCCAGCCUCACGGAACACCUGGAGAAGAUGCCGCAAGGCGUGAACAAGUACAUCCGCGAGGCCGGCGCCAAGGGCCUGGCUGUCAUCGACUGGGAGGAGUGGCGCCCGCUGUGGUUCCGCAACUGGAAUGCCAAGGACGUGUACCGGGAGCGGUCACGUCUUCUCGUGGCGAAGAAGAACCCAGAGUGGACCGCAGAAACCGUGACCAAGGUGGCGCAGCAGGAGUUUGAGCUGUCCGCCCGGAAGUUCAUGCUAGAGACCCUGAGGCUGGCCAAGAGCCUACGGCCCAACCAGCUGUGGGGCUUCUACCUUUUCCCAGACUGCUACAACCAUGACUACAAAAGCGGCCUGGCCGGCUACACGGGGCGCUGCCCGGACGUGGAGAUGGCCCGCAAUGACCAGCUCAGCUGGCUAUGGACCGAGAGCACGGCCCUCUUUCCGUCCAUUUACAUGGCGUCGGCUCUGCGCUCCACCCCGUCAGGACGCCUGUUCGUACGCAACCGUGUCCAGGAGGGCAUGCGACUCGCUUCUGUCGGAGACGGUCUUGCUCGGCCCGUCUUUGUCUACACGCGGCCUACCUAUAUGAAUGAACUGUCCCCGCUCACCGAGGCCAGCUGCUCCAGCCUGGAUGCCUUCCUUCGCGGUCCUCUCAGCAGGUAUCUUCUCAACGUGUCCACAGCAGCACAGCUCUGCAGUCAGGUGCGCUGCAGCUCACAGGGCCGCUGUGUGCGCCGACACCCUGACUCUGACACCUACCUGCACUUGAGUGCCCAGAGCCACACCGUGGUGGACGAAGGUGGCCAGCUGCGGGUGCGAGGGAACCUGGGACCUGCAGAGCGGCAACUGUUCAGCACUGAGUUCUGCUGCCAGUGCUACAGUGGGUACAAGGAUGAGGCCUGCACUCAGAGGGAGACUGGGGCUGCACCCAUCAUGGGCCCAGGAUGGGCAUGGCUGCUGAUCCUCUUGACUCUGCUGCACUGAGUCUGUGCUUCUACUUGUCAGGCUCCACACACACAAUCCCCACCCCUCGCGAAGGACACACGGGAGGGAGCAUGCUGGCUCUUGUGUUCUGUAGUCAUGGCCAAGCUCUCGCACUGUGUCCAAAGUGAGGGUGUUCAGAAAGCCUCCUACAGACCAGGAGCAGUGCCAGGGGUAUAAAACACGUAUGUCCCAGGGGACCUUCUCUUGUCAGAAAAUUGCAGCAGUCAGGUGCCUUACAGACACACAUCUCUUCCUGUCACCUGGGUUCCUAUGAAGAACACAGAGCCUUUUUACCCCUCGGACAGGGCUGAUGACUUUGUCACAAGUGAUGAUCACUGCGACUUUGCGAUCAUGUGGGCUCUGGGAUGUGAAUGUUUCUGCUGAUGCCACACUUUGCUGGGUGGAGCCAACUUGCACUGCAGCCCAAGGGGCACAUGGAUGCCCUCAAACACAUUUUCCUGACUGAAAACUGUGAAGAGGGUUGGAUUCAAGUGGUUUCAUUAUGCCUUCAGAACAAAUUUAAUCGAUGUACUGUUCUGUUACUGCCAAUUAUCCUUAAACAUAUACAUUAAUUUGCAUGCAGUCCAGAGUUGCACUGUAAGGAAUGUAAACAUCAGCCUGUGAACCCUCCCAGGAGGCCUUGGGACACAGCAUCCUAACCACAUCCAAAUGCUACCUUGGUGCCUGUUACCUUUGGGUUUUGUG